AACCCGUCUGUUUAUAUUUAUUUUUUUUCUUUUUCAAAGCCAUAUCAGUUUUCUCGAGUCUCGACAGUCUCAGACUCAGAGGGAAGAAGGAAAAUGGCUCAGUCUUACCUUCUCUGUUGUUCUUCUUCUUUUCCUCUUCUUCCUUCUUCUUCUUCUUCUUCUUCCUUCCAUUAUCGUAAACAAAUCACUAAUACCACUUCUAUCCCCUCUUACUCUUCCCGCCAUUCCAAACUUCCCAACUUCCCUUCUUCCCAUCAAUCCAAAACCCUUCUACAAGACACAAUACUCGAUGACCCAGAUGCAAAGUCUUCGUCUUUAUCCAAAACUUCCAUCUGGGUCAAUCCCAAAAGCCCCAGAGCAAAACACCUUUGGAAGAAUUCCUAUCACACCAGGUCUUCAUCUCUCACCAAACUUGCCAGGUCUCUCGACUCCUGCAACCCCACCCAGCAACACGUUUCUGAAAUCCUCAAAGUUUUGGGGGACAAUGUUUUAGAAGCUGAUGCAGUGUUUAUUCUCAAUUCCAUGGUGAAUCCCUACACUGCACUCCUCGCUGUUGAGUACUUCAAGCAGAAGAUUAAACACGCUAGGCACGUUAUUCUCUACAACGUUACCCUGAAGCUUUUUAGGGAGGUUAAGGAUUUCGAAGGAGCAGAGAAGCUGUUUGAUGAAAUGCUUCAAAGAGGGGUCAACCCUAAUCUCAUUACGUUUUCAACUAUGAUUAUCUGUGCUUCCGUGUGUUCUUUGCCGCAUAAGGCUGUGAAGUGGUUUGAGAUGAUGCCCUCUUUCGGUUGUGAACCGGAUGACAAUGUGUGCUCGUCUAUGAUAUAUUCUUAUGCUCGAACUGGUAAUGCUGAUAUGGCUUUGAGACUGUAUGAUCGUGCAAAAGCAGAGAAAUGGCAUGUUGACACGGUGGUGUUCUCGGGGUUGAUUAAGAUGCAUGGGAUGUCAGGGAACUAUGAUGGAUGCUUGAAUGUUUACAAUGACUUGAAGGUUCUUGGUGCAAAGCCGAACUUGGUAACGUAUAAUGCUCUGUUGUAUGCCAUGGGGAGAGCUAAGAGGGCCAGGGAUGCCAAGGCUAUAUAUGAGGAGAUGAUAAAUAAUGGGUUGACACCAAAUUGGCCUACCUAUGCAGCUUUGUUACAAGCCUAUUGUAGAGCACGGUUUAACAGAGAUGCACUGAAUGUUUACAAGGAAAUGAAGGAGAAGGGGAAGGAUUUGGAUAUACUUCUUUAUAACAUGCUUUUUGACAUGUGUGCAAAUGUUGGAUGUGAGGGUGAAGCUGUUAAAAUUUUUGAAGACAUGAAAAGUUCUGGGACUUGCCGUCCAGACAGUUUUACAUAUGCAUCCUUGAUCAACAUGUACUCCAGCAUUGGGAAAAUUUCAGAGAUGGAAGCCAUGUUCAAUGAAAUGAUGGAAUCUGGAUUUGAGCCUAAUAUUAUAGUUCUGACAUCCCUUGUCCAUUGCUAUGGAAAAGCCAAGCGAACUGAUGACGUUGUAAAGAUAUUUAAUCAGCUCAUGGAUUUGGGCAUCAGUCCUGAUGGUCGCUUCUGUGAUUGUCUUCUGUAUGCAAUGACCCAAGUACCAAAAGAAGAACUUGGUAAGCUAACAGGUUGUGUUGAGAAGGCUAAUCCAAAGCUUGGGUCUGUGUUAAGAUAUAUAAUGGAAAAGCAGGAGGGUGGUGGAGAUUUUAGAAUGGAGGCGUCAGAACUUUUGAAUUCAACUGAAGCUGAUAUAAAGAAGUCCAUGUGCAAUUGUCUAAUUGAUCUUUGUGUGAACCUGGAUGUGCCAGACAGAGCUCGUGACCUUCUGGACCUUGGGCUGACUCUUGAGAUAUAUACAGAUAUACAGUCAAGAUCUCAAGCAAAGUGGUCUCUGCACCUAAAGAGACUGUCAGUUGGAGCUGCUCUGACCGCCUUAAGUGUUUGGAUAAAUGACUUGUCUAAGACUUUGGAACUAGGGGAGGAGCUUCCACCACUACUUGGAAUUAAUACUGGGGGUGGGAAACACAGAUUUUCAGAUAAAGUUUUGCCUACUGUAUUUGAAUUGUAUCUGAAGGAACUUAAAGCUCCAUUUCAUAAGGCUGCCAAUAAGGCUGGCUGGUUUUUGGCUACCAGUGAAGCAGCUACAUCAUGGCUGCAAUCUAGGGGUUCAGUAGUGGUUCUUCCCCAAUGAUAUUGCUGUUUGCUAUUAGGCAACCCCGAAACACAUACUUUUUGCAUUUUUCCCUUACCAUGGGAGAAAGUUUUGAUGAAUAGUUUCUGAAAAUUUGUCUUAUUUUGGAUGUCUUACAUUGUGAAUGAAGGUGUGAUACUAAUAUCUAGAAAGAGUAAAUGUAAGUAAUAAGUUCUUGGCUUUGUGGCUCUGGUGAAUUUCAAAAUCGUAUGUUGUAGGAUACUAGGUUAUUAGUAGUGUUGAUUGAACAAAUGGAUACUGGAAUUAAUAGUUGGCAAGGACAGGUGCACGGGGUGAAAGUUGGUCUUCUCAUUAUUGUAGUCUGAGUCCAAGGAUGCCUCAUUUUAUGGCCAGGUUGAUGUGGCACAUGUUUUUAUUCUGUUCUAAACAAACACAAUCCGGUACCUUCUGUUAUAAACUGAGAGCUGGUUUACACGGCUGGGACCAGUUUUUUUUUUUUUCCUAUUCUGGUUCAAGAAAAGAAGGCAUAGUUCUACUCUUUGAAUAAAGUGUUGUAUUCCUUUUCAACUA